ACUUUCCAAAGCAGUUGCAAAAUAAACACGUGGCUGUUUAGAAGGAUUAUGACUACUAUAAUCUUUAGUUGAAUCCAGUUUCAAAGAAAAUUAAAUUAAACGUCCAAGAACACAAAUGGCCUCAACACUCUGGAUCCACUGUAAUCUGUGUUACUAUUUAUUGUAUCGAAAGGACCGAAAAUUUUACCAACUAACUUGCCUCCAUGUGUUUUGCAAAAAUUGCAUGGCUCAUAGCAAUCGCGGAACCACUUGUCCCGUUUGUAAAAGACAAGGAAUUAAAUUUGUGGAAAUAUGCAAUUCGAUGGACAAUAAAGUGAAAAUUCUGUACGCACCAACUCCUGCGAAAUCUAUAGAAGUAACUUCAAAAUCUAUAAACUUCCAACUAAAGCAGAAGCAACACCUAAUCGAUCAGCUGGUUGCAACCGAAGACAAAUUGGAUAAAGCUGAUAAAGCGGAACAGGUUCUGCGACAAAAGAUAUAUGAAUCACAGCAAAAAUAUUGCAAAGUUCGUGGACAGCGACGCAGUAUGCAGGAUGCGCUUCGACAACAGGCAGAUUCCUCUCCGGAGCAAACUUUGGAAGCACAGAGUGAUCGUAGGAAGCAUUCGACGCAUCAGAUGAACUUUUUCGACUGUAACUCCGGAAGCACGAACAGCACCCGGACUAAGCGAACAUCUAGCAGCCGAGAUUCACGCGAUUCUUUUUUGAAUUUGAAGGGAGGAACCUCGACAUCUUCCGAUUCAAUCAGGUCGGUCAACUUUGGAACCACACCUUCCAGCGGUGCGAAUUCCGCUGGCCAGAUAAGUAACCUGUUGCACGGGAUGAAAAUUGGCCACAGAUAAACAAAUGAUCCAAGUGUUGCCAAUAAUUCAAUGUAUACGUCGUUCCAAUGACCUCUACUAUACAAUCAGUGAUCCUUUUCACAGUGCCGUUACCACAAUAUAUUAUGAUAGGAACAGUAUCAUAUAAAACUAGUAGUUUAUCAUUCAUAAGGCCAUUGCAAAUCUUUUAAAAAUUAUGUCACCCCCCCUUCAAAAUCGCUGAAAAAAAUCAGGGGGCAAAUAAAUUUUUUAAAAUAACCAAAAUUCAAAAAA